CACCGGAAGUUGCGUGUUUUAACGCGUGCAGUAUUGACUAUCGGGAGGAAAGCAUCACCGGAGCCCCUCUGCAGCUGGACCGACACAUCUGGACCGGAACCGGCCUGGGACCAGCCGCAGCUCCUGGAGGUGGGGGCGGGGGGAGCGCACAGGUGAGGCGUCACGUGACCAGACCUCCGGAGCUUAACGGGGCGCGCGCAGGUGUGUCUCAGCAUCCCAGUCGAAGCGCGUGCGGGGCUCCUCGGGGCCAGCAUGGCGGAGGAGACCCGGGUCAUCUACCACCUGGAGGACCAGGAAACCCCCUACCUGAUCCGGAUCGGCGUGCCCGCGCAGCGCGUCACCCUGGCCGACUUCAAGCAGGUGCUGAACAGACCCCACGCCAAAUUCUUCUUCAAGUCCGUUGAUGAUGACUUCGGGGUGGUGAAAGAGGAGAUCAGUGACGAUGAAGCUCGGCUGCCUUGUGUCAACGGACGGGUCGUCUGUUGGGUGGUGUCUUCAGACGCCUGUCCUCCGGACUUCAGGGGGUCGGACACGCCCUCCGUGGCCACGCCCUCCAGCUUGGCCCCGCCCCCCAUCGAGAGGACCGGCGGCAUCGGCGAUUCCAGACCGCCGUCCUUCCACGCUGCGGCCGUCUGUCACGAUGACCUGCAGGGGUCAGAGGUCAAAUCGCCUGCUCCAUCUUCAGAGAAGCAGCGGCGGAGAGAUGGAGGCCACCUGAACGGACACGCCCACCAGGCGGCCGACCAGAAGGGGGCGGGGCCAGCUGGCGGCGACAGCUCAUCCAAUCAGCAGAGCAGCGAGUUAGAGACGACCAGCUUCUGCUCGUCUGAGGAAGACUCUGGAGGAAGAUUCAGCCAAUCAACAGGCCAGAGCAGCUCCUCGCCAAGACUCAUCAGGCGACAGCGGCGUCGCCACAGAAAACCAAAAACUCCACGGAUGGAAAAGUCGGCGUCUUUCAGCAGCGUCACUGACUCCACCAUGUCGCUCAACAUCAUCACUGUAACCCUCAACAUGGAGAGGUAUAACUUCCUGGGCAUCAGCAUCGUUGGUCAGAGUAACGACAGAGGAGAUGGAGGGAUUUACAUCGGCUCCAUCAUGAAGGGAGGAGCUGUAGCAGCAGAUGGACGCAUCGAGCCUGGAGACAUGCUGCUGCAGGUGAACGAUAUCAACUUUGAGAACAUGAGUAAUGACGACGCAGUCCGGGUUCUGAGAGAGAUUGUCCACCAGCCAGGUUCGGUGACAUUAACUGUGGCAAAGUGUUGGGAUCCAAACCCACGAAGUUGCUUCACGCUGCCCAGAAGUGAACCAGUCCGCCCCAUCGACCCGGCUGCCUGGGUGUCCCACACGGCCGCCAUGACCGGGAAACUCCCCCCACACUACAGUGUGCAUGAAGAAAACCACCUCAACAUCCACAGUGACAUGACGGUGGUCGUCAAGGCGAUGGCCAAUCCAGAGUCAGGGUUGGAGGUUCGAGACAGGAUGUGGCUGAAGAUCACCAUCCCCAACGCUUUCAUUGGUUCGGACGUGGUGGACUGGCUCCACCGUAACGUCGAAGGUUUUACCGACCGGCGCGAAGCUCGUAAGUACGCCGGAAACCUGCUGAAAGCCGGAUUCAUCCGACACACCGUCAACAAGGUCACCUUCUCAGAGCAGUGCUACUACGUGUUCGGAGACCUGUGUGGAGAUCUGGCUGCCAUGAAUCUGCUCGACCGAGAAGACGGAUCCUCUGGAGAAGCAGGAGGAGGAACUGACUGCGACCCCCCAGCCUUCCCCUACCAGUACCCCAUCCCUCACCCCUACAGCUCGCCCCACCCGCUGCACCAGCUUCCGGCCUGUGGGGCAGGAGGAGGCAGGAGUCAUCACAGCGAAGGAAGUCGCAGUAGCCAAUCAGACUUCAGCGACGAUCAGAAGGAGGGAAAAGGAGGAACACAGCAGGAAUCUGCCAACCAGGAAGCGAACUCUCAGCACAAGAUGGCCGACUGUCUGAGUGAUGGCAGCACUCAGGGACCGCCCACCUCCUUCUCUGGUUCCCAUGGUGACAAAGACAUCCUAAUGCCGUCUCAAGGUCAGCACCGUGACUUUUCAUCGAUCCAACCGGAAAUCUCUCGACAGUCCUUCCGUUUGGCCAUGGGAAACCCCAGCGACCUCUUUGUAGAUGUCAUGUGACCCAGUGACGAUGAUGUCAUAUCCUGGCAGGUGACCUGGAGACAUGAUUAAAUUGACUUUUUCAACUAAAGCUGAAACGAACUGAAAAAGAUUGAGGCACAUUGAGUCACUGUGAAGACCUGGACCUGACAAGAACGAGACCGGGCUCUGAUCAAACCUGAAACUAGACAAAACCAUCCUGAGCCUGACUGAGAACCAAACCUGAGAACUAAACCUGACUGAGAACCAAACCAGAUUUACCUGGCUCUGACUGAGACCUGGACCUGACUCGGACCUGGAUCUGACUGAGACCUGGACCUGACUCGGACCUGGACUCUCUGAACUAACCAAAUCAAAGCAUGUGCUGCUUUUCUCUCUGAGUGACGUUCUGAGUCUCUCCUGCAUCCUGGGAUGGUUGUAAAUUAUUCCUGAUAUUCCUGUAUGUAAAUCACAUGCUGUCACGCUGCCUGUUACUGAGCUGAUUAUGUUUAUAUUUAUUCAUUAUUUAUUUAUUUAACAUGUUUAUUUAUGAACUGUUUGUUCCAAACAUUUACUGCAGAAACCGACGUGUGGAUUAUUUAUGAGUCCUUGUUCUCGUCUCCUCAUGACUUAAAACGUCCAUGUUUGUCUAACUGGAGAACCCAGAGAAGCAGAGCUGUAGCUUUUCCUCUACAUUCCAAAACCAAUGAAACGGGUCAGUGAAAAUGAUUUUACAUAAAGGUUAAAUACGGUACCAAAUCACAGACCGAAGGCUCUCAGACAUUUGGGUUUUGUGAAGAACAAAGACUGAUCUGUUUAGUGAAAGCAGUUGUAUAAAAUGUGUUCACUGUGUUAUAUGUACACAACCAGAUAGUAAAACCUUAAAUGAUGACUUAGAUUUGGAAUAAAGUUCACAUAGCUUUCAUAGAAA